AUGGAGGUCGCUAAAUUGAAAUACGAAUUAGAUAAGUUACAAGAUAUCAUAGAGGAAAGAAACAGAUUGAUAACUAUAUUAAAUUUAAAACCCUCUAGAAAAGAUACAAUUAGUUUAAAAAAACAAUUAAAUAUUAUACUAAAUAUUUUUGAUGAACUAGAUCUAUAUAACAAUGGUGAUUAUAAUAUGGCAACAAUAUCCGAACUGCAUAGUAUUUACACUAAUUUAUUAGAUAUUAUUCCUGAUAAUGAUAAUGACAUUUCCAAAUCACUCUAUGAAUAUAAGCUUAAGCAUAAGUUAAGCAACGUUAUAAAUGACACCGAUAACAAGGAUAAUGACACAACUAGUAGCAUUUCCUCUUUAACUGAUGCAAUUAAAGUUAAAAAGGUUAGGUUUAAUGAACACGAUGAAAUCCAUAAAUAUAACACUAAUAGCAAUAGCGGUUCCAACGCUGAAAAUGAAAACAUCAAUAGGCUUAAUUUUGCGCCGUAUUCAGAUAUCCCUGAUGAAAACAACGUUAAUUAUACUAAUAACCCCGCCCAUCACACAACCGAGGGGAGUUUUUCCAUGUUAUCAACGAAUCGUGAAAUUUUUUCUGAUCAAAAACAACAGUUACAACAGCAAGAUGGUAUUCUUGAUUCAUUACAUUCUACAAUCAAAAGAACACAUCAGAUAACAUUAGGAAUUAAUCAUGAAGUGGAACUACAAAAUAACGAAAUAAUUCCUGACCUUGAACGAAUGGUUGAUAGUACAGACAGAAACUUAAAAAAUGCUAACGUAAAAUUAAAUUUUUUCAAUAAAUUUAAUAGCACUAAAGGUUCUUUUUCAAGAGGGUUUAUAAUAUUUUUGUUAUUUAUCGUGUUAUUGAUUGUUAUAGCAAUAUGA